AGUUCGCACAAUGGGCGUCCCUGCCCGUCGCACUUGCGCAGAAGCCGUCGUUUAUCUCCAGUCUCUCACGUAAGUGGACGUCAGCCCUUUCGGGAUACACACGAGGACCGAGCUGAGCUGAGGCGGCUAUCGGCUUGUUACCGGCGGAGCCAUAGCCCUGGUCUGAGGCCUCCGGCAGACGCGCCCACCGACAGCCUCGGAGGGAGGGAGACAGAGACAAGCGAGGAGAGGAGAAAAGACACGUUAUUUUUAAAUCCAGUAACAUUCUCAGUGCGGCCAUGGAUUCGAAAGACGUGGCGGAUUACGCCCCUGAUUCCUGGGAGCUGGCGGCCGACACGGAUGUCGAGGCCCAGAUGAACUCCUCUUUCUCUAAGCUCAAUGUGAACGCCAAGCCGUUCGUUCCCAAUGUCCACGCAGCAGAAUUCGUCCCCUCGUUCCUGAGGGGCUCGGAUGAGGCCGCCGAGUCGCCAGAAGGGCCUGAUGCUACUGAUCCCAGCAUGGAAGUUUCAGAACCUGCUGCACUAAUAGAAAAUGGAGAUACAGAAGCAGGACCUGAAGAAUCAUGGGAACAGAAAGCAGAACCGAGUGAAGCAGAACCAGGAGGUGGUCCUGCAGGUGAUGGAGGUCCACCUUUGGCUACUCCAGUCGAAAUGGAAGAGGAGGAGGAGGUGUCUUCACCAAAGGUUGCAGUGGUAGAGCCAGGUGCUCCGAGGAAGGAACAUGUGAAUGUUGUAUUCAUAGGUCAUGUAGAUGCUGGAAAAUCCACUAUUGGUGGACAAAUAAUGUAUCUCACAGGUAUGGUGGACAAACGAACACUGGAAAAGUAUGAGAGGGAAGCCAAGGAGAAAAAUAGAGAAACAUGGUAUCUGUCCUGGGCCUUGGACACAAAUCAGGAGGAGAGGGACAAGGGGAAAACAGUUGAAGUGGGUCGUGCAUAUUUUGAGACUGAGAAAAAGCAUUUCACCAUUUUAGAUGCACCAGGUCACAAAAGCUUUGUACCAAAUAUGAUUGGUGGGGCAUCUCAAGCUGAUCUUGCUGUCUUGGUUAUCUCAGCCAGGAAAGGUGAAUUUGAAACUGGCUUCGAGAAAGGAGGGCAAACACGAGAACAUGCUAUGUUAGCAAAAACGGCAGGAGUAAAACAUCUGAUAGUUCUCAUCAAUAAAAUGGAUGACCCAACAGUAAGCUGGAGUCAAGAUAGGUAUGAGGAAUGCAAAGAAAAACUGGUGCCAUUUUUGAAGAAAGUUGGUUUCAAUCCGAAAAAGGACAUCUAUUUUAUGCCUUGCUCUGGACUAACUGGUGCAAACCUAAAAGAACGAGCUGAGAACUGCACUUGGUACACUGGUUUACCAUUUAUACCAUAUCUGGACAAUUUGCCACAUUUCAAUAGGACAUCCACUGGACCUGUGCGAGUACCAAUUGUAGAUAAAUACAAGGACAUGGGUACUGUGGUUCUGGGCAAACUAGAAUCUGGAUUAAUUGGAAAAGGACACCAACUUGUUAUGAUGCCAAACAAACAUAAUGUUGAAGUUCUGGGACUUUUGUCUGAUGAUGUGGAGACUGAUUCAGCAGACCCAGGUGAAAAUCUGAAGAUACGACUGAAGGGAAUCGAAGAGGAAGAGAUCCUACCAGGAUUCAUUCUGUGCGACCAUGGCAACCUUUGUCACUCAGGACGUACUUUUGAUGCACAGAUAGUUAUAAUUGAGCAUAAAUCCAUCAUCUGCCCAGGUUACAAUGCAGUGCUGCACAUCCAUACUUGCAUUGAAGAAGUGCAAAUAGCGGCCUUAAUCUGUCUGGUGGAUAAGAGAUCUGGAGAAAAAAGUAAGACGCGGCCUCGUUUUGUUAAACAAGAUCAGGUUUGCAUUGCUCGCUUAAGGACAGCAGGCACUAUCUGCCUUGAGACCUUCAAAGAUUUUCCUCAGAUGGGGCGUUUUACCUUGAGAGAUGAAGGUAAAACUAUUGCAAUUGGAAAGGUUCUGAAGUUGAUCCCUGAGAAGGACUGAAGAUCCACUAUCUAAUGCUGCACAAUACUGUGAUGAAAAAGGACUCAGCAACAGCCUACUUCACGCCUUCUUUUCUUGGUUUUCAUAGUUCCUCUGCCCAUCAAUACUUUUAUUUUCCCAUGUACUGCAAAUUGCUGUAAACAUGUCCACAUUUUACGUCAGCUUUCUCAUAUUGAGAGCUCUGCUAUGCCAUUGUUAAAGCUACCAUUUUAAAUCCUCCUUCUGAAAUCUGCUUUCUUAGAAAUGCGGCAGUAGCUACCUAACUGAUGUGGACAGAAUUGCCUGCAAAAAUAAAAUUAAACCAAAAAAGUUUAUUUUAUUCUGGCAUCAUUCUCUUUCGUGUGCAUUCUGGCUCACCUGCAUUUUUCAACCAGAUCAGAUUAUUCAACAGAUCAGUGUUGAGUGUUCCUGUGUUAGAAAGUCUGUAGAGACAAUAAAAAUCGAUUUGAAAUAUUUCUGGCAUUUGAAUCAUUUUGGAAAGGAUUCCUACGAAAUGAACCUUGCAUCUGCUUGUUAGCUAGUUUUCCAGCAAAUGAUAUCUUAAUUUUAUUUUUUCCUUCCAUCCUGAAUAUGUUCUAUAAAUUUUUUUCAUGUAUCCACACAGUAUGCCCUUUGUGGUAUUUUUCAGCAUUCACGAAAGCAUGAUGCAUUUCAUUACAAAUGUUCUGCCUGCUGGAAAACAAAAUACCAAUAUUUCACCAUUAAAAAAGGUGCAAGUGAAAUAGUUAAUUUUGGAGCAAUUGCUUCUGUUCAAUUUAUGCCAUCUCCAAAAGAAUCAAAUCUUUUCUAAAGGUGUCAAGGUACAUAACAGCAAUCAGAUAAAUGAUGUGAAUUGUUUGGGAAAACUUCAGGAUUAAAGAACAAAUGACUGCUGCAUGAGCUUAUAGUGUUAUAUUCCACUUUGAACAGGCAGUAUAUUAAUUAGAGUAUCUAGGUUUGAUUCUUUUGACUUGAAAUAAUAUUUAAAAUAACAGAUUAGAAUAUCUGUAGCUGAAUUUAUUUUCUUGCUUAAGUGCAUUACAUAAACCAGUUAACAUGUGGAUGCACAUGUAACAACAUUGCCACUUUGGGUGGGAAUUUCAACACUUGCUACAACUUUCAUAUCAACUAUUAAUUUUAUAAGAAGUGAAUAUUUCUUGGAUGAGUAAUGAAGAGAAAAAAAAUCAUCUGAAAUAGAACCUGCGUGGUUGGUAUACAAAAUGUGAGAAAAUAUAGUCCUUGUACAUAUUUGAAAACCUUGUAUUUGAGACAACAGUUAUUUAAUAUAAUGCUAAAUUUGCUACUGUUAAAGGGUCAAAAUGAGGAUUUUUAAAAAAAAAUUCCCUUGCCUAGUUAAAUUACUAUUCCAUUUAAUAAAAGGGAUUUAUGAAAGAUGAUGGAAUUAGCACUAAAAUAUGAAACAAAUAGAAUGAAUGGGAUGAAUCUAGGAAUAGCUACAAUUAAGUGUCAUUUUGUAGUAAAGCAACAAAUUACAUUCAGGCUUGGAACAAACAUGUACCUGAACUCUCAAACAGCAAAUUGAUGUACUGGCCCACUGCUCAAAUGAGCUCUGCCCUGCCAAUGAAAUUGUAUACAAUUUCCCCCAAAAAUUAGAAAAUCAGUUUAUUUAAUCUAUUUUAAUGAAUCAAAUGUUAAGGUAAUAACAGGUUUUCUUUGUUUCAGUAAUGCAUGGAAAUGAAAAUCCCACUUUUUUUUUCCAACUGUUUUCAAAUAAACCUGUGGGGAUUUGCUGCUCUUGGAGGGUGGGGGGAGGUGGGAGGGAGGAGACACCAGUAUAAUAAUAGCAACAUUUCCGUGGGUUUCUAUUGUGCUGAUUACUUAAUUGGUUAAUUUGGUAAGUGUGUAAGGAAAAUGUUAAUUGCUGCUGUAUGAAAUGCCCUUGCUCUUAAUUGGAGAAAUGUUGGCUUUAUCUUGGUGAUCCCACUUGAAGUUGUCCGUUUUGUAACAAAAUAUCAUUGGCAAUACACAAGUUGGUGUAAGACAGUCCAGCUGUUAAAUAUGACCACAGUAUUGUAUAGUAUACAAAUUUAUUGUAUGCAUUCUUAAUCUCGCAAAAUAAAAUUUGAUUUCAUUUC